UUUGUUUCUCAUUCUUAGAGCCAAAGGUUCUUCAAGCAGUAGUUUUCAUAAGAGAUCACCAAAGCUAUCCGCUUAUUUCGAAACAUGACGAUUGUAGAGAUGCAAGUGCACAUGGACUGUUCUGGCUGUGAGAACAAGAUAAAGAAAGCUCUCAAAAAGCUUAAAGGAGUAGACGAUAUUGACGUGGAUAUAAACAUGCAGAAGGUGACUGUCAUGGGAUGGGCUAAACAAGAGAAGGUUUUAAGGGCAGUGAGGAGGACUGGAAGGACAGCUGAGCUUUGGCCUUACCCUUACAACCCUGAAUAUGGACACAACCUUAAUGUUCAGUACUACCAGCAGCAUCAACCCCGCGAUGGCCACGAACACCACCACCACCACCACCAUCAUGAUCAUCAAAGUAAACACAAGAUCACCACCUACAAUUCGAUUCCCAAUUACUCGUCUUAUUCGUACAAUUACUACAAGCAUGGCUACAGUGGCAAGGAGCAUGGCUAUUAUCAGCCUCCUCCUUACUCCACCAUGUUUAAUGAGCAGGACACUGCUGUGUUCAGUGAUGAAAACCCUCAUGCCUGUUCCAUUAUGUGACAUCAUAGGUCUUAUGUUAUGGUAAAUUUAGUAGUCUCUUUCAUGAUAUACAUGGAGCUCUUUCAUGACAGAAAUUCAACUUGGGACUAGUUGUCUACCUUAAAUCUGCCCCUGGUUCAAGUGGUUGAUUUCCUAUUUAGUUUUGUUGUAUAUAUGCAAUUAUUCAUGCGUGUACUACUGAGUGAUUCACACGCGUUAUUUAGUGUGUGCCUCUCAUAAGUCUCUCCAUUACUUUUGUAAUAGGAUGUGAUCAAUUAUCAUGUAUAUCAAUAAUAAAUGAAGUGGCAUGUAUAUAAUUUUGGUUUUUCCAAUUUA